GAAAUACACACUUAUUCGGAACAAGACAACCGCACACUCGAAAAUUUAUCUUUAUCAGCUGAACACUUUCCUUUCCAAAAGCUAGACCGAAUCAUCAAUGGCGGAGGAAAGAAAGAGGUAUGCUGUUGUUACAGGAGCAAAUAAAGGAAUUGGUUUUGAAAUAGUUAGACAGUUGGCUUCAAAAGGGAUCGUAGUGGUGCUGACAGCAAGAGAUGAGAAGAAAGGUCUUGAAGCUGUUGAGAAACUGAAAGACUUUGGUCUCUCUGAUCACGUGGUAUUUCAUCAGCUCGAUGUUUCUGACCCCGCUAGCAUUGUUUCUUUGGCAGAUUUCAUCAAAGCAAAGUUUGGGAAACUUGAUAUCUUGGUGAACAAUGCAGGGAUAAACGGAGUGAAAGUAGAUGCUGAUGUGGGAGGAGCCGAAAUUGAUUGGGCUAAUCUGCCACAAACUUAUGAGUUAGCAGAAGCAUGCUUGCAAACAAACUACUAUGGUACUAGAGGAAUGGCUGAAACACUCAUUCAUCUCCUCCAAUUGUCUAAUUCACCAAGGAUUGUUAACGUUUCAUCCAGCCUCGGGAUUAUAAAGAACAUACCAAACGAAAGGGCUCAAGGAUUUUUAGGUGAUGUUGAAAACCUUACAGAAGAGAAACUGGAUGAGAUACUGAAGGAGUUUUUAAAAGAUUUUAAAGAAGGUUCAGUGGAAGCCAAAGGCUGGCCAACUUUUCUAUCUGCCUAUACAAUCUCAAAAGUAGCAGUGAAUGCCUACACAAGAAUUUUGGCCAAGAAAUACCCAAGUUUCUGCAUCAACUGUGUAUGCCCUGGCUAUGUCAAAACCGAUAUAAAUGGCAACACUGGCAUCUUGCCUGUUGAAGAAGGUGCUGCAAAACCUGUCAGAUUAGCCCUGCUCCCAGACGGCAGUCCUUCUGGCAUGUUUUUUGUUCGGCAGGAAGUGUCUUCUUUCUGAAUGAAAAGGCAAUCCAUUUAUUCAGAUGGACAAUAUUUGUCAUAUUUGCUUGUGAGCUGUUGUUUCUGAAGCACUGUCUGGUUUUACUAUAUUAUAUAAGAUUUUCAGAUUCUGAAAGUGAACUUAUGAACACCAAUGUGAAAAUUUCAUGUCAAAUGCAAGUAACUUUUGAUGUCA